AGCAGGAAUAUUUCAUUAUAUUUAUGAGGGUCACACUGACUGAAUGACAAUCAUUUUUGCAAAGUAAACUCGUAAAUUUCUAGCAAUAAAGAACAAUGGCGCGUCGCUAUGAUUCCCGCACCACGAUUUUCUCCCCGGAGGGACGCCUGUACCAGGUCGAAUACGCCAUGGAAGCCAUCUCGCAUGCCGGCACUUGCCUCGGCAUCCUGGCCGAAGAUGGCAUUUUGCUAGCCGCCGAAUGCCGCAGCACCAACAAACUGCUGGACAGCGCUAUACCCUCGGAGAAGAUCUAUCGUCUGAACGAGAACAUGGUUUGCUCUGUGGCCGGCAUCACAUCCGAUGCCAAUGUGCUGACCGCCGAGCUGCGUUUGAUAGCCCAGCGCUAUCAGUUCAGCUAUGGCGAGGUGAUUCCAUGCGAGCAGCUUGUGUCCCACCUGUGCGACAUCAAGCAAGCCUACACUCAGUACGGUGGCAAGCGUCCCUUCGGCGUUUCUCUUCUUUACAUGGGCUGGGACAAUAAGUACGGCUAUCAGCUGUACCAGUCCGAUCCCAGCGGCAACUACGGCGGCUGGAAGGCCACAUGCAUUGGCAAUAACUUUGGAGCCGCCAUCUCCAUGCUGAAACAGGAACUGGCCGACAAACCAUCCAUAAAGCUGGAGGAGGCCAAGGAUCUGGCCGUGAAGGUGCUAAGCAUGACUCUGGACACCACUAAGCUGACUCCAGAAAAGGUCGAGAUGGCCACCUUGCAGCGCGAAAAGAACACUACCGUCUUUAGUGUGCUGGAGAAGCCCGAAGUGGAGAAGCUGAUCGAAAAGUACAACAAAUUACAGGCCGAAACCGAAGCCGCCAAGAAGGAGAAGCAGGCCAAACAACCCAAGUCUUAAGUUCAUCGAUCACUGUAUGGUUAAUGGGUAGACGGUCAGCUAAAUAUUUUGUAUUUGAAGAAUGUGAAAUUAAAUUUCAAAACAAA